CCUCCUCUCUCCGCGCCCAGCGCUCCAGCCGCCCUGCCCGCCGGCGGCUCAACGGCGGCGGGGCCCGGGCAUGGAGCGGCUGCAGGUGGAGGCGGCCGCCCUGGAGGAGUACGCGGAGUACCGGCGAAUUGUAGGUGAUGACGAUGGAGGAAAGCUCUUUACCCCUGAGGAAUAUGAGGAGUACAAAAGAAAAGUAUUACCAAUUCGGUUACAGAACAGGUUGUAUGUGAGCUGGAGAUCACCAACUGGCAUGGACUGUAAGCUUGUGGGACCAGAGACACUGUGCUUUUGUACUCACCGGUAUAAGCAACACAAAACGGACUAUGAAGUGAUUCCCAAAGACUGUCCUAUUUGUGUGCCUUGUAGAGUGAGCCGUUGUCAGUGCCAGUCCUAUCACUAUGUCCCUCUAAAUGGCACAUAGCCCAUCCGUUGUAGAUGCAAACACUUUGCUGAUCAGCACAGUGCAGCACCUGGAUUUUCAUGUAACUCUUGUUCCAAGUGUUUGGGCUUUCAUAGCUGCUUUACCUGUGCAUGUGGUCAGCCAACAUAUGCUCAUGAAACAGUCGUGGAAACUUAACAAGAGCGCUUAGCUGAAGGAAAGCCUGUGGGGCAGGAUGUUCCUUAUGCUGCUAUGGGAGGACUGACUGGUUUUAGUUCACUAGCAGAAGGCUACAUGAGACUCAAUGACAGUGGAAUAGGGACUCCUCCUGCUGAACUUGCAGAAUCCCUUGUUACCAGCAUGGAUCAUCCAUUUCUAAAAGCAUUUGAAGGACCUUCUAGUUCUGCUCAAACCAUCUCACAGAUAGCAGGUGGUUCUAGUGCCACAAGGCAAGUUUCUCAUGGAAAGCAUUCAGAAGAUGAUGACAUGGCUUACUUUGAAAAACGUUACCAAGAACGGCUGAAAAAGGAGAAGGCUGCUAAACAGAAAGAAAAAAGUCCAGUGCCAUCAAAGAAGCCAGGAGAUUAAUAAAUACUUAUUAUAUGGCACAGUGUUAAUCGUUGUAUUGAAGAGUAUUUUUCACUGUCCCUACCUGCACGCUUGUAUUUCUUCAUUUCUUUAUUCUGCUGUUUUGUUCUAUUGCUGAAAUUAAAUUUUUAAUUAUCUUCUUGUAAUAAAGAUUGGUACUUUAAUCAAUGCAUUUGUAAUCUUCAUAAUUGUUACAUAGAUAUUCCUUUGAGGAUGGAAAAUCAUAUUUAGAGAUUUACAGAACUGUUAUUUAAGAUCUGAGAGAAUAACCAUGUAUUUAAAUAUUUCAUUGUAGUAGGGCAAAGAAAAUACAUGUCUUACAGUCCUGUGACGCGCGCACUUUAUUUGUAGAGUCCUUAGGACUCAUCUUGUUCAUGGAUUUUUACUUGGUAGGAUUCGUUUUGUUAAUAUUGACAUUUUAAUCUUUCCUUCAAAUCUUUUUUUUUUUUCUUUCUGUUGGUUUCAUCGCCUUUACAUAAAAUUCAAACAUACCCUUCUCUCAUGCUUCUCUAGGCUCUGUUCUUGCCAAAGUAUAAAUAUUUUUUUAUAUGUGAAGUUCUGUACGCCUGUAAACCCAUUUCCACACAUCCUUACUAGCUACUUGAAGGGAUCCUGCUUGUAUACUUUAUCCCAGAUUUCUCUGUCUGAUACUGUCCAUAACAAUGAUUCUAUUACACUAAACUUCUGAAAACAUUAAGUGGAAAUGGAUAUGCUAUUUAUUGCAUGUAAACAAAUAAUUGUAUGGCUUUAUUAUCAAUUUAUAUAUCCAACAGAUACUCUUUCAUCAUGUCUAAUCCAUCACACAGACUUCCUCAAGAAGGGAGAUGUGCUUUUGUAUUCUUUGCCCAUAUUCACAGCUGUGGCAGCAUAUGUUGUGUUAAAGGUGGGGGACAGGAAAAUUUAAAAUUCGGUAACUUUGUGUGGUGGUUUAAAUCUGCGAAGCAGCACAGCAAGAACUUGGUACAGAAUAACUGUCAGAGGCUGCAGCUUAGGAGGCAAAAGCAGAGCCUGAGCUAACUUUGUUAGUCUCCUUUGAAAACAGAGAGGUGUAAGUCAGUUUGUGCUUAAAAAUACUUGAAGAUGUCUGGGAUUGAAGACUUUUCAGGUGGUAUGUGUGUACUGAGAUGGUAUAGCAAGAGUUGCCAGAAGCUUACAAAGCUCUGAUUCCCAUCAGAGAGAAUGCCUCUAUGUGCCUGAUUGGCAGAGGAAAAGAGGUGAGGUUGAAGGCAUUUGGUGCAGGGCAACUUGCUUUUUUGUUCAGAUAUCAGGUGUGGAAAGAGAGUUCUUGGGAUUGCAUGCAGGUCGUACAGUGACUGAUGGAGGUGGCUGGAAUCCAAGUGAGAAGGGAAUGGAAGGCUCAGUUGCCCAAAUUCAAAGAUUAAAAAAGGCCAUUUACCUUAACUCUGACGUAUGCUGCCAUUACUACAGAUGCCAAUCGGAGAGGUUAAUCUGUUACUUUAAUUUAAAGGUGUAAUAUAUCAAACUGUUAAUGAAUAUUUUAAAAUAACCUUUACCUUUAAAUUCUACACCGCUACAUACUGCUUUAACUUAAUAAAUAAAAAUAUUAAUUGGA